GAGGUUAGUCGGAAAAUGAGGAAGGAGUAAAGUGAGCUUCACAAUUUUUCACCGCAUAGGUUUGGCUACUGAUUUCAUACACCGAGCAGUUUAGAAAAUGAGGAACCUGAUCCAAUCGCGUUUCGUAGGCCUUCUCAAGUUAAUGUUCCUCGCUGCCACUUCAUCGUCGGACGGAUUUGCAGCCAAAAAUCCAUGUCAGCUAUGUUAUUGUGUUGACUCGUGGGCCGGUGAAUCUGUGACUUGCACUAACAGAAAUCUUUCUACGGUUCCACGGGGUUUCCCAGCCACUUCUUAUGUAUUGCGUUUAGACAGAAAUAACUUGACCAAAAUUUCAAGAGGCGACUUUUGGAACUUGAGGAGAGUAACUGAGUUGUAA